AUGGAGACAUCCGCUGGCCCGACAGCCGGAGCGUCCAGAGCAUACCGGUCCCGCCGCACCAGGCCUUGUGACAAGUGCCGGAGAUCGAAACAGCUUUGCAUCAUCAACGUCGAAGGAGAGCCCUGCGGUGGCUGUACAGCCCGGAAGCAGCAUUGCACCUUUGACCUACCCCCUCUGCGCCGGCACCGGCAGGCCAAGUCGGUCGAUAACGCGAACGGCGAUGGCAGCAUUGGGAAUGGCGCUAUCGCUGGUCCAUCCUCGUCUGUUAUGGCAGCAGAAGAGCAAGAGGGGGCGUAUAUGGACCCAUACUUGUCGCCGGAACAGCCAAAUCAGACGCCUGCCCUGGGAUGGAGGGGAGAUGGAGCGAGAUCAAGCCUACCAGAUGUGGAUCCGGGUAUUCUUCCCGGGCAUUUCGAGCUGGGACAGAUGGAUGGCGGAUCUCGACAGCCUGGAGCAUCGACAUCGCCUUCGGCUCCUCUGGCAAGGAACAACAAUACAACCUGGCUUGAUCCGGAAAUAUGGCAGACCCUCUUUCAUCCAGAAGCUGCGCAAGCAGGACUCCUUCCACCCCCGGACCCCGUCUCACUCGAUCUGGAAGCCGCUCAAGGCGUCGAGUCGCACUUUCUCGGUACCGGUACUUUUCGGGGAUUGACGCUUCGCGAGAUCAACACCGCGACUCAGUCCAUCCCCAAUCGGCCUGGUAUGGUCGAGUUUCGGCAAGUGUCAGCGGACGAGCGGUAUCCUGUCUACUUUGUCCGACAUCCAUCACUCCAGUAUGGGCAGGCACCGGAGAAUGGUAAGGCGGCGUGGGACAAGGUGACGCGACUGUGCGCGCAUUUGGGAAGGGGAACACUUUCUCAGGCGCUAGUCAUACUGGAGAAGACUGUCCUUCCCACCCUCCCCAUCGUCAAUUGGCCUCAGCUCGAGCAGGCGUGCCGCUCCGCCGAGGGAUCUGGACCGCCAUAUGCCCUCCUAGCCGCCGCGGUCGCCCACUCGGUAUCCUACAUCCCCGGUCUUCGUCCACUACACCAGCAGAUCUGGGCUCACGUCGUCAACGCCAUUGACGCCGAGUUCCGCCAGCCCAGACUGCUCGUCAUCCAGCUCGUCCUGCUCCUUCUCUCCAGCAGACCGGGCGUCAACUUUGCGCAGAGCGACCUCGCCCUCUCCCGGGCUAUCGGUGCUGUCCACGUCCUGGGGCUGCACAUCGACCCAUCGCAGUGGUCAUUGCCCCGAUGGGAGCGGUCACUCCGCAUCCGCCUAUUCUGGACGACCCUGUUCCACGACAAGAUCCGGUCGCUCUUGCUCGGUCGGCCUAGCCAUCUGUCGUCCGACAACUACUCUACACCCAUGCCGACCAUCGAGGACGCGCAGUGGGACAACGAGACUGCGCGUACCACCUUGAGUGCAGAUCAAGUUGCAAGCAUGGAGGCAUUCGUGGCGACUUGCCAGCUCGUACCGAUCAUCGAAAAACUACUGGACGGUUUCAUGACUGUCAAAGCAGCAACCAAGCCAAUGGGAUACCUAUCUCGGAUUGCUCUUCUCUAUGAGAUCCGCUCAGAUCUGGAUGCUCUGGAAGGGGGUCUAUCUCCUGCGUUGUUACGCGGAGAUAUUGCCGGUCUACAAUCAUCACGAAGCUACGCUACUGGAGUCCGCUCGCUACAAUUGUGUAUAGUCGGCCUCAAGAUCAUCGUCCACCGCAUCGAGCUGGACAUCAUCGAUCGGGAAUACCCGCCGCACGUCCUCGCCACAGUGUACGAGUCGGCGUUGGCCACCGCUACGACUGCUGUCCUGACGGUGUCGGAGUUGACCCUGGCGGAUCGCAUGAGCUUCUGGAUGCCUUACACCUUUCAUCACAUGUCCAAUGCCGGCUCCCUCCUGCUCCGUAUCGCGUCCGAAUAUCGCACAUCCGAUCCCCUCGUCUCAACCCGAGCCAUCACUCUCGCCAUCAGCUUCUGCACCACCCUCGCACAGUACUGGCAAGAGGAGCAGUGGGACCCGGCGGACGAGACGCUAAAGCGACUUGCGGAGCCUGCGUUCACGGUGGGCAGGGAGGUUAGGGAGGCGAGAGAGGUGUAUAGGAUCAUCUCGAAUGCGUUAGGCUAUCAAGUCUUGGAUACCGCUUGGGACGACGUGGCGCCGUCGAACCACUUUGGGUUCAUCAACGACGGCUUUGAUCCGUCGGUAUGGACCAUCGACGGGAUGCCCUGGAUCAACUUUUGA